UCAGUCGUCAAGGCUCAGUCUGUGGAAGUGGCCGGCUAUUGAACCAUGCCCCAGCCCGGGCCCCAGGACAGCUGAGUCCACAGAGAGGAGCGCAUCUUUCGGAAGUAGGGCCUUAGCUAAAAGAAAAAAGCUUUCAUAUUGUGAUUUCAUGCUGCAGGACAGGAGGAGCGACUCAGAAGACUGGGAUAAAGAGACAGAGAGAUGAGUCCUAAACACUGCAGCUCGGUGAAGACACAAAACAAUACACACGUGAAACUAUAACUGAAGGAAACACACCCCCACUACUGGUAACAAAACAAGGGAGGCCUGGGGGGACUUGGAGGGAGCACCAGUAGCUGUCCAUCUAUCCAUUUAACCAGCCAGAAGCAUGCAGGGGCUGGUGUGGAGCCUGUGUGCCCUGCUCUGCCUCUCCCUCUGGGAGGAAGGUUUCUGCAGGAGCUCCAUUGAUGCACGCAGGACCAAAGAGCCUACUCUCCGUAGGAGUAAAAGAGCCCCAAUCGAUCCUGAUGGCAAAAAGUGUUCCUACACCUUCCUUGUGCCCGAGGAGAGAAUCACAGGUCCAAUCUGUGCCAGCACCACAGGCCCAGAGCCAGACAAGGACCGAGUGACCCGUAUGGACAUUUCAGAUGUGCGGGAGGUGCUUAAUAAACAGAGGCUUGAGAUUGAGACGCUGCACCUGGUGGUGGAUGUGGAUGGUAACUUGGUAAAUGAGAUGAAGCUGCUGCGGAAGGAAAGCAGGAACAUGAACUCCAGGGUGACCCAACUCUACAUGCAGCUGCUACAUGAGAUCAUCAGGAAAAGAGACAACUCUCUGGAGCUGGCCCAGCUGGAAAACCGCGUCCUCAAUGUGACCUCUGAAAUGAUGCGACUGGCUUCAAGGUAUAAGGAGCUGGAGUCCAGGUUUGCAACAAUGGCAGGAGUGGUCAACAACCAGUCUAUUCUCAUCUCUGCACUGGAGGAGCAGUGUAUGAGGACUGCGGGACGCGGUGAGCUGCCUGUUGUUCCCCCCCUGGUACAGGUGGUACCGCAGCAUCUACCAGUUAACAGCCGUUUCACCAAUGAGAUACAGAGAGACCAUAACAACCGGGCCUUUCCUAGAGGAUCACGCAUGGAAUCCCCUACUGCAAGUCCUUUUGGGAUUGACCCACCACCACCACAGGGAACACUUACCUCUGAUGGUCCGUUCAAAGACUGUUUCCAGGUGCGGCAGUCAGGCCACACCACCAGUGGGAUGUACCUGCUUAAGACCGAUGGCAGUGACCGGUUAAUACAAGCCUGGUGUGAACAUGGCCUUGACAAUGGAGGAUGGACUGUGCUGCAAAGGAGGAGAGAUGGCUCUGUAAACUUCUUUCGGAACUGGGACAACUACAAGAAAGGCUUUGGAAACAUAGAUGGUGAACACUGGCUUGGGCUGGAAAAUAUUUACAACCUGGGGAAGCAGGGCGACUAUAAGCUGAUGAUAGAGUUGGAGGACUGGACGGGGAAGAAGGUGUACGCCGAGUACAGCAGCUUCCACCUGGAGCCAGAGAGCGGGGGUUAUCGGCUGAGGCUCGGCACCUACCAGGGCAACGCCGGGGACUCCUUCAGCAGCAACAACGGCAAACAGUUCACCACGCUGGAUCGCGACAAGGAUGCAUUUUCAGGUAAUUGCGCCCAUUUCCAUAAGGGUGGCUGGUGGUACAAUUCAUGUGGCCAGACUAACCUGAAUGGCGUGUGGUACAGCGGGGGAGUUUACCGAAGCAAAUUUCAGGAUGGGAUCUUCUGGGCAGACUAUGGAGGAGGGUUCUACUCCCUUAAGUCAGUCCGCCUUAUGAUCCGACCGAUUGACUGAAACACAGCACUUCAGUUCCCUUUGAAUGCAACUCAGUGCCCCUCCUUAUCUUUAUCUACCCAUAAACAAAGCCUGUAAAGGCAGAACCAGGAAUCCAUGACAUACAGUGCCUUGUAAAAUACGAAGGAGGAAGAGACGCCGGGGAAUUAAGACUCUAAAAGUGUUGCUAUGACUAGCUCCAAAGUUGACUUUGAAAUGAAAACCGAUGCCAGUGCCUUUCCUAAGUCACUUCUCCAUCUUCCAGUCUGGAAAGUUAUAGUCCAUCAAGCUUUCUAGGACCAUCAAGUAUUAUUCUCAAAUGUCCUAUUUUACUCAAUCUUGAUGAUAAUCAGCAUCUUAUAAAAGGGAAAUGGUCAUUUACUAGAGACAUGAGAUUUCUUCUGAGCAGCUAAUGAUGACUUAAUGAAAGUAGUGUCGCCCAUACCAGAGGGAAUUGGAUUUAAUGGGAUGUUUAACAAAUGUAUGUAAAAACGCUAAAAUGUAAAGUUGUGUCGCCAGUUAGACUCCCUGUGGAUCAAACAGUUAGGGAACAGGACUUGCUUAACCUUCGGUCUACUCGUUUCUGUGUUUUUCUUUUGGACAUCUGGGGUUUCUAUAAAACCCCCCAGAAAAUGAUCUUGUGCAACAGUGUGCUUUUCCAAUGUACAUAUGGCUGAGCUGGCUAUGGUAUGUAAAUAUAUUUGGUUUAAUUUGUGAAUGGUAAUUUAAGCGGUGUGAUUCUGCUCAGGCCGAUUGUUCACAAUGUUGUCACUCUGCCAUUCGUUGUUAUUUAUCAGUGUAUUUAUAGUAAGUAUAGUCGUGGUUGUUUUAUAUCAAGCCCUGUAAUAAAACAAUUAUUUGAAAAAA